AUAACCGCGAACCGCGGUUUCUCUCCUCUGAUUACCGACCGAGACUGCGUAUUUAUGAUAUCUCAUCACUCCACUCCUGGCUUAUGACCGAGCACCAGAUACCGAGGAGAGACCUGCCUUCUUCUUUACCUAGGGACUAUCCUUGAAUAGGUAAUUCUGACGAGGUGUGAAUAGGAGAGAAGAUGGAUGUGGGACUUCCUAUAUCGCAGCAAGCGGCAGUCGUCGGAGCUGCUGCUCUGACUGCAGCAGCGGCCUAUGUGAAUGCAAAGUUGUCGAUUGGGAGAGAUCUGAAGACUCUUAAGUAUGAGAAGUCGUUCGGCCAGAGGUUGGGGAUGAAGAUCCAGGAGUUGGGAGACACGUGUACGUUGUACAAGAUGUUUGAUCAGGUGGAUCCGAACAUUGAUGCACUGUGGUUUGAAGGACGGGAUUGGACGUAUGGAGAGUUGAAGAGAGAUGUACACCGCUUGGCAGCUUUCCUUGAGAAAGAAGGCAUCAAGAAGGGAGAUGCCGUUGCGGUAUUUACGACCAAUUCUCCAGAGAUGGUUAUUAUCUACCUGGCUCUAUCGAAAUUGAGUGCAAUCUGUGGCUUCAUCAAUAUCAAUCUUCGAGACGCAACCCUCGAACACUGCCUCAAAGUCUCCCAAGCCAACACCGUCAUCUCGACCCCAGACUUGGCCCCCUUCAUCACCGGCCCCCGCCGCCACUUCACCCUCUCCCUCUACGCCUUCCCCUCCAUCCCUCCCCCACCACCCGAAUCGCCCAUCACCCUCCUAACCUCCUCCCUCCUCCCAACACCCAGCACCAUCACCCCCGCCACGAAAUCCUCCCCAGCCGAGCUCUCCUGCCUAAUCUUCACCUCCGGCACCACCGGCAAGCCCAAAGCCUGUGCAAUCCGCAACCACCAAUGCGUCCUAACCGCCAUCCCCAGCUCCCCCGAUUACUUCAACCCCACCAAGUACUUCCCCUUACGAACGUACUCGCCCCUGCCAUUGUUCCACGGAACAGCCUUCUUCACCGGCGUCGCCUACUCCAUCGGCAACAGCGGCACCUUAUGCUUGGCCCGCAAAUUCUCCUCCAGUAGAUUCUUUAAAGAUGUCCACGACUCCCGCGCCACCCGCAUCCUGUACGUCGGCGAACUAUGCCGAUACCUGCUCUCCUCUCCUCCGGGCGAGUACGACCGGAAACACGCCUGCACUGUAGCAGCAGGGAACGGCCUCCGUUUCGAGAUCUGGGAGAAAUUCAAGGAACGCUUCGGGAUCGAUGAGGUGAGGGAGUUUUAUCGGAGUACGGAGGGAGUCGCGAAGUUCGACAACUUUAACCGCGGAGCGUGGGGCGCGGGGAAGGUGGGCUUCACGGGUUUCUAUCGGAGGAAUUUCUUCGAUGAUGAUACGCUGCUGAUUCGCGUUGAUCCUGAUACGGCGGAGUUGAUCCGGGAUCCGAAGACGGGGUUCUGUACUAAGGCCUCGAUUGGGGAGCCUGGGGAGGUGAUUGGGAGGGUGAAAAAUAGGGCGUUGUUGACGGAGUAUUUGGGGAAUGAGAAGGCGACCGAGGAGAAGAUUGUGAGGGAUGUGUUUAAGAAGGGGGAUAUUUGGCAGAAGAUGGGGGAUUUGCUGAUUUAUGAGAAGGAGGGGUGGGUGAGGUUUCAUGAUAGGAUGGGGGAUACGUUUAGAUGGAAGGGAGAGAAUGUGAGUGCUGGGGAGGUGAGGGAUCAUAUUGCGAAGUUAGAUGGGGUUCAGGAUGCUGUUGUGUUUGGGGUUAAGUUGGCAAGCUACGACGGCCAAGCUGGCGCUGCAAUGUUAACCCUCGACUCCACCACCGACGCCGGGGACGCACUGUUCAUGUCCGGCCUCUACACCGGACUCAAGAAAACCGGUCUCCCUGGCUACGCCAUACCUCGUCUCGUACGCAUAACCAAAGAAAUUGAAACAACAGCAACAUUCAAAAAGUCCAAAACAGAUAUCAUGAAACGCUCCUGGGACGCGGGACAAAAGAAGGACCAAGACAAGCUUUUCUGGUUAGAUGGCACUGUUUACAAGCCGCUUGAUGCGCUGGCUUGGAAGGGUAUUGAGGUUGGGAGGGCGAAGUUGUGAGUUGAGGGUCAGGUAAGGAAGAGAUAAGGCUCAACGAAUCAAAGAGGAAGUGGGGAGCAUUUAGAGGAAUAAAUGACUUUGAUUGUAAUGCUAGAUGGAUUAGAAAUAGGAAAUGGAAACAUGGAUGC